GUUCAAUGAAAAUGAUUUGCUCUUACUUUUCUGCCUAUCAAAUUCCCUGCCUCAAAUCAACCAACUACCAGUUAAUCAUAACAGACUUAUGUAGCAGCAACCUUCUGUGAAAUAUCGAAACCGUUUUACGUAUCAAAAGGUCUAUAAUAUCGCUUACAUAUACAUACAUCUCUCACUAGAGACUUCGCUCUCAACCGCCUUCGCCCAUCAUGAUGCACCCGUCGCGGCAGGCUUAUGUGGAGGAGGCCGAAGAGGACCGUGGUAUGGCCUUGGAUGAGGUACCGGUAGAUCGAGACUAUGAUAUGCCUUCGGUCACUGCCGGUAUUGCACCGGAGAAGGCAUCCGCUAUACUCUCCCAAUUCGAGCGAAAGAGACGAGCGGCAACGAUGGCAGUACCUACAGAUGACGGUCGAGUACGUGCCAGGUUACGAGAACUCGGCCAACCUAUCACUCUUUUCGGCGAAGGCCCCGCAGAUCGACGAGACAGGUUAAGAGAGCUCUUGACAUUACAAGCCGAACAAGCACCAGCAGAUUCCCCCGAUGUGACCAUGGAGGAUGCGGCAGAAGAGGACCAGGAAGAUCAAGAGGAAGAAUUCUACACCAACGGCAGCGAUGAGUUACUACAGGCGAGACAAGACAUUGCUCGAUUCUCCCUGCCACGGGCGAAGCGGAGGUUAGCCGUUCAGAAAGAAGAGGCGUCAAUUCCUCUACGAACACACGUCAAAUUUCGCAAACAGGUCAAAGAGCGUUUGCAAGCAUUUGAACUUCAAGGUAGUCAGACUGUGGGAGACAGAAACGUUAGCAUGACAAGGAUAUCGCCCAAUGGCCAACUUAUUGCUGCCGGCAAUUGGGGCGGCUCGAUCAAGCUGAUUGAAAUACCGACACUGGAAGAGAAGAUGACGUUACGAGGACAUACUACCAGAGUUAGCGGUAUCUCGUGGUUACCGAACGCAACUUUACCAGAAGGUAACAUUUCACCGGAUACGGUUAAUCUAGCUUCGGGCGGUGCCGAGGGGCAGGUAAACCUUUGGUCCCUGAACAAAGACACGCCGCUCUCAACACUCGAGGGGCACGGCCAGCGAGUAUGUCGAGUUGAGUUUCACCCCUCCGGACGCUACCUCGCUUCGGCAUCGGAAGAUACGACAUGGCGCUUAUGGGAUGUUGAGACGACAACGGAAUUACUCCUCCAAGAAGGACAUUCUAGAGGAGUCUUCGCUAUUAGCUUUAACACGGAUGGCUCGCUAUUAGCUAGUGCAGGCCUUGACAGCAUUGGUAGAAUAUGGGACUUGAGGUCAGGCAGAACGGUCAUGAUCUUGGAUGGUCACGGAGAUGGACACAUCAAACCAAUUCACGGAAUUGAUUGGGGUUCUGACGGUUACCGAGUUCUGACCGGUUCGGCCGACGGUUGGAUCAAAUGCUGGGAUGUCAGGAAGGUCCAGAGAACUGGCGGCAUUGGAGCUCACACCAGUGCGGUUUCGGAUCUACGGUGGUACAAGGGACUGGACGACCCUCUCAUAGGCACUCCUCCGGGGCUUGAUGAAAAGGGGAACCAGCUGCCCAAGAAAUCGAGCACGUUCUUCGUGUCCAGCGGGUUUGAUCGCAAAGUCAAUGUGUUUUCUGCUGAUGACUGGACCCUCAUACAAACUCUAGAGGGACACACAGGACCGGUUGCAAGCGUAGACAUUAGCAGAGACGCGAAGUGGAUAGUCAGUGGAGGACAUGAUAGGACUGUCAAGCUAUGGGGUCGAAACGAUGGCGAGUCAGUUUAGUAGGUGUAAUUCAUGAAGUGAAAGUUAAGGUAGAAGCUGGAGAGGAGACAUGAGAAGAUGAAGAAAAACGACGAUACCCAAUUCAGAUUCUGUGUACAUGUCCCUAACCAGAUGUGUUGCGUCUACCCUUUAUGCAUGAUAGUGUUAUGUAACUACAGUAUACCAAUAUUUAACACACGGUGAUGAUGUAAUCAUCAAUAUUCUC